GGUCCUUCCCUCCACUUGCGGUCCUUCCUUCCCUCCACUUGCAGUCCUUCCCACAGCCUUCCCACGCUGUGACCUGAUUGUAACAGUUCCCUGGACUCUAUUCUGAAUCCCCAGCACUGAGAGAAGGCCUGGCACUGGGUACGCUGUAGACACGAGUGACUUUGGGGAAGGUAGGGAGAGUGUGGAAAGGACAGGAGCAGAGCAGGAGGAAUGGAGGGGCCGUGGCUCCCAGCUGCCUAGAAAGCGGCUGGGGUUUCCCUCAGGGAGGGAUCGGGGCUCCUCGUGGCUCCAGCCGAGCGCAGGGCGCGGACACCAGGGAAGGGGGCGCAGGGGAACUCCCGUGGGCCUUGCGUUCGCAAACUUCUCCCUUGGGCAGCAGGCGGUGGUGGGAGAGAAGGCGGAAGAGCCAGCUUUUUGGAACUGUGCACGGGACAGAUUGUGCAUGGGAAAGAGCGUUUUGGAACUGUGCCUCCGAGGAGGUGAAGGUCUGGAAAAUUUGAGGGAUAUCAUCACCUUAGGCCAGGUCAUCUACAAACAGUAUGAAGAGAUGAAAUACUGCAAGAAACAGUGCCAGCGCCUGGGCAGCCGUGUCCUAGGCCUGGCCAAGUCUCUGGAGAUGCUCCAGGACCAAGGAAAGAGGAGGGUAACCUCUGAGAAGUUAACCACAGCCAUGAACCGCUUCAAGGCUGCCCUGGAGGCUGACAGGGAGAUAGAAAAGUUCAGCAAUAAAUCCAGCAUUUGGAGGUUUCUAACAGCAAGCCAGGACAAAAUAAUCUUCGAAGACAUCAACAAUAACCUGAAUGAUGUCUGGAAGGAGCUAUUGCUGUUACUUCAGGUUGAGCAAUACCUGUCUGUUUCACACAUAAGCCAAGGAGCGUCCUGGGCACAGGAAGAUCAGCAGGAUGCAGCUGAAGACAGACAAGCCUUCCAGAUGCUGAGAAGGGAUAAUGAAAACAUAGACGCUUUAUUGAGACUAUUGGAAAUCGACAUGAAAGAAAUCAAGGAAACUUUGAGGCAGUAUUUACCACCAAAACGCAUGCAGGAGAUCCCUCAGGAGCAAGUCAAGGAGAUCAAGAAGGAGCAGCUUUCAGGAUCCCCGUGGAUUCUGCUAAGCAAAAAUAAGGUCAGCACACUUUAUAAAGGAGAAUACCGCAGAGCUCGAGUAGCCAUCAAAGUAUUCCACAAACCUCAGGCUGACAGCAUUGGGUAAGUUGUUUUAUGCAGUUCUCUCAUGCAUACCAAUACUUACUCUCUAUAACUCUCCAAAGAGAAAGGUGUGUUGUCUCAAUUUUUAGAUAAGAAAGUGUGGACCCCAAAGGGUUAUAUUACAUGCUCUCCACUAUUCUAUUAAGGAGCAGAGUCUUGACAAAUAUAUCUUUCCACUUCAGUUCUAGAGUCUUCUUUAUUCACAUACAUGUAUUUUUUAAAAACUUCCCUCUUAACCCUGUUUCCCAGUGGCCCAUCCCCUCACCAGACAGUAAUUCUAGUGUGUUUUGUUUGUCUGUGUUCUUGUAAAAUGUAUGCAUCCAUUUUUCAUGUUCACAACUGAUAGAGUUACGUCGUGUAUGUUGCCUCCUUUCCUCACUUUUCUCACUCAACAUCAUGGAACAUGUUCCAUACUUGGAGUCCUUAAUUUCUGUCUGCCAUCCAUGGUGAAGAUCCACAUUUUGCCAAUUUUUUUUUUUUUUUUUUGAGACAAGGCCGCACUCUUUUGUCCAGGCUGGAGUGCACUGGAAUGCAGUGGUGGGAUCAUAGCUCAUUGCAGCCUUGACCUCCUGGGCUCCAGCAAUCCUCACACCUCAGCCUUCCAAGUAGCUGGGACUGCAGGUGUGCACCACCAUACCCAGCCAAUUUUUAAAUUUUUUGUAGAGACAGGGUCCCACUGUGCUGUCCAGACUGGUCUGGAACUCCUCGGCUCAAGCACCUCCUGCCUUAUCUUCCCAAAGAGAUGAAAUAACAGCCGUAAGCCAUAUAUUUUGUCUUUUUUUUUUUUCUGGUGAUGGAAACUGGUCAACUUCCAACUUUUCCCCACCAAAAAAAUGCCAUGCUGGGCUGGGCGCGGUGGCUCAAGCCUGUAAUCCCAGCACUUUGGGAGGCCGAGGCGGGUGGAUCACAAGGUCAAGAGGUCGAGACCAUCUGGUCAACAUGGUGAAAUCCUGUCUCUACUAAGAUAUAAAAAAAUUAGCUGGGCAUGGUGGCGCGUGCCUGUAAUCUCAGCUACUCGGGAGGCUGAGGCAGGAGAAUUGCCUGAACCCAGGAGGCGGAGGUUGCGGUGAGCCAAGAUCGCACCAUUGCACUCCAGCCUAGCUAACAAGAGCGAAACUCCGUCUCAAAAAAAAAAAAAAAAAUGCCAUGCUAAGUAUCCCUUUAGGGACCUGUAUGAGAAGUCUUUGGGAUCUAGUACCAGGAGAGGAAAUGAUGGGCCAUAGGAUAUAUGUAUAUUAAGUGACUAAGUACUACCAAGCACCUCUUCAGAAUAGAGUGUCUAUGGCUACACUUCCAUUAGCAACCUCACCAACCCUUAGUGUUAUCCAGCUUUCUAAUUAUUUUCAUCCUUAUAAAGUGAUCAGUAUCUUGUAGUUAUUUUAACUUGCAUUUCUGUUUUUAACUAAUGAAUUCAAAUCCUUGUGUACAUGCUUUAGCUAUUUGGGUUUUCUCUUCCAUAAAUUGCCUGUUCAUAUCCUCUGCCCAUUUUUCCCUCAUGAUUGCUGCUUUUGUCUUGUCUGUAGAUCUUUGCAUAUUUUGGAAAUCAAGCACUUGUCAGCUUUAGAUAUUGCAAGCUUUUUAUUUGUGCUCUGGAGGUGUGCUUCACCACCUCUAGAUCUUAAAGGCAUUCUAUAUUUUCUUCUCUUAAUUUUAGUUCAUCUUUCAUAUUUAGGUUUUAAUCCUACUGGAAUCCACCUUUGGAAGUGAUAUUAUAUAGGGUCAACUUUUAUUUUUAGCCACAUAGUCAGUUUUCCCUGUACCAUCUAUUAAGUGGUCUGUCUUUUCCCUCUUGAUUUGUGGUACCAUAUUUAUUGUAUAUUAAGUUUUUAUAUAGACAUGGAUCUGACUCUGAUCUCUCUAAUCUGUCCCACUGAUCAAUUUGUCUGCUUUUGUACCAAUAAUACACUGCUACUAUUUUUUUCAUAUGACUUUGCAGUAAGUUUCAAAAUCUGGUAAAGAAUUUCCUCCUCUUGAUUCUUCUUUUUCAGGUUGACUUAGCUAAAUAAAUAUCAAAGAAAGUUUUAUCACACUUCUCAAAAUACGCAUCAAGAUUUUGAUUGAGACUGUAUUUUUAACAGCUUUAUUGAGAUAUAUUUUACAUACCAUAAGAUUUACCUAUUUAAGAUGUACAAUUUAAUGGCUUUAAAUAUAUUUACAGGCCGGGCACAGUGGCUCAUGCCUGUAAUCCCAGCACUUUGGAAGGCUGAGGUGGGCGGAUCACCUGAGGUCAGGAGUUCAAGACCAGCCUGGCCAACAUGGUGAAGGCCCAUCUCUAUUAAAAAAUACAAAAAUUAUCUGGGUGUGAUGGCAGGUGCCUGUAAUCCCAGCUACUUGGGAGGCUGAGGCAGGAGAAUUGCUUGAACUCAGGAGGUAGAAGUUGCAGUGAGCCGAGAUCACGCCAUUCCACUACAGCCUGGGCAACAAGAGCGAGACUCCGUCUCAAAAAACAAACAAACAAACAAACAAACAAACAAACAAAUUCUUUCAACAAUAUUUUAGGCACAAAAUUUUCAGGGUAAGACUUGUAAUUUUUUUGUAAAUUUAUUCCUAAGUAUUUUAUUAUAUUUUUGCUAUUGGAAAUAAAAAUUUUUUAAUUUGAUCUUUUGACUGAUAAUUGCUAGCAGAUAGAAAUACAAUUGAUUUCUGCAGGCUCUGAACCUGCCCCGAUUCUCUGACAGACUUUGGACAAGCCCCCUUUACGCUUUGAGUCUAAGAGUAAAUGAACAGACUGGAUUGAGUUGGUGGUUCCAGUGAUCCUCUUUAAUAAUUUACCUGCCCAUAUUCCUUAAGGCCCACGUUUUGGAAGGAAUUUUGGUUAUAAUAUUUCACUUAAUACACAUCCUUAUCUUUGUUUUAUUUUAUUUUAUUUAUUGUU